AUGCGUAUUUUUCAGCAACUUUUCAUUCUUAUUUUAACAAAUACCUUGUUCACAAGAACUUUCGUUCAGGGAAGAAGUUCAACUCCAGGGAAAGAUAUUUGUAAAUUUGAAGAUCAAAAAUUGCAGACAGAACUCUUUUUAAAUGUCAUUAAAGGAAAUAAAUUGGAUAAUUUAAAGGAAGAAUAUGAAAAAUACAAAAAACAAAACACUUUGUAUACGGGUUUUGUGAUUGAAAAACAAUAUGAAUAUCAGAUAGUUCCCUUCCAUAUCAAUAACUUUCUCAAAGUGACGUUUUGCAAAGGCGGUGAACCUAUUUGGAGAGACAUUUUCCCUUUUCAGAAAGAUUUAAAUUGGGAAGAACCUUUAUGCAUUUCCCCCCAAGAAGAUAAUACUAUCUCGCAAAACAGUUCUUUAUGUUUCAAGUUCGCAAGAGUACAGAAAUAUACGCAACGUAAUAUAACCCUUUACUUUCCGAAUAAAUUUGUCGGAUUCAUAUUUGUUUGUAACUCUUCCAAUACAUGUUUUCAAAAAGAUGAGCAUUUUGAAACUAUUCCAUUGACGCCCAUUAUUUCUGAUAAUAUCAGGGACUAUAAGACAUUUUGGACGAUGAAGGGCAAAGUUACAAAAGUUAUUCCUUAUCUACAUACUCUAAGUAUUCCUAUGUCUAGGUAUGAGAUGUUAGUUAGUCCAGAUGAUCAUAAACCAGAAGAAUGGGAACAGGGGUCUUUGACGUCGGAGUUCUGGAAGACCUAUAAAACUUUGGGGAAGUUUAAGAACAAAGGAAUGUCUUGGUUGAAUAAAAUAGACCCCAUGGAAAAAUAUGAUAAUAUCGAUAAUAAGAACUCCAAGGAUUUUCACCAGAAAAUAGAUAAGACAAUAAAUAAGAUUGGACAAAAAAUUGAAAGGCCUCAUUUGGCACUGAUAAAAGCAAUAAAUGCACGUAAUAGGAAUUCCAAUAGUGGAAAUGCAAACAUGACAAGAAGGAAAUCUUUGAGAAGAAAAAUCUCGAAGACAUUAAAAAAAAAAAUACCUUUGAAAAACUGA